AUGGUUGGAGCCCACCAACUAAAUCGUGAUGCAUUUCUCGAGGGCUUCGUCUCGUCUUUAGCACGGCAAGCUCUGCCUACUAAGUUGAGGGCAUGGCGCUCAAGGGCGACAGAGGACCGAGCAUAUGGGUUGCAUUCGUUUCUUCACCCUCUAACAUAUGGAUACUAUCCAAAAUCAAUUCGAGAAAUUGUCAAGGACAGGCUUCCUAAAUUCACCGCUGAUCAAGUGAAGAUGGUGAAAGGUUCUUAUGAUUAUGUUGGUGUCAACCAAUACACGUCUUACUACAUGAAGGAUAAUGGAGUCACCAAUCCCAAACCUGUCAGCUACCAAGACGACUGGCACGUCGAAUUCAAAUUUGACCGAGAUGGUGUCCCGAUUGGUCCACAGGCCUACUCCGGCUGGCUCUACAUAGUUCCAUGGGGAAUGUACAAAGCUGUGACCUACGUGAAGGUAAAUUAUGGUGAUCCAGUCAUCAUCCUCGCAGAAAAUGGAAUGGAUCAGCCAGGCAAUGUCACUCUACCAGAAGGUUUGCGCGACACUAAGAGGAUCAACUUCUACAAGAGCUACAUCACCGAGCUGAAGAGGGCGAUGGAUGAUGGUGCGACGGUGAUCGGAUACUUUGCAUGGUCUCUCCUUGAUAACUUCGAGUGGAGGUUGGGUUACACUUCGAGGUUUGGUCUGGUUUACGUGGACUUUAAGACGAACAUGCGAUACCCAAAGGAAUCGGCCUACUGGUUCAAGAACAUGCUGAAGAGGAAGAAGAAUAAUUGAUGUUAGAGAAAUCGAUUUCGAUGUUGCUUUUGAUUUCAUAAUCAAUCAGGUUGUAAUUAUCCUCUGGUUGGAGACUUUUAUUAGAGUUAUGACGUUUUCAUAUGCGUUGG